UAUACGGCUGAUAUUUUUUUCUUAUUAAAAUAUUUUUAUUGUAAUAGUAAUAUUUUUAUUUUAAUAAGACUCUCUAUUUAGUUGAAGUUAUUGCUUGUAACGUCAGUUUUUGGGGGUUGGGUUUCUUCUCCCUUUCUACAUUCUCUCUCUCUCUUCUUUCUCUCUUCACUUUGAUCUAAUGGCCGGCCUAAGAUGGAGAGAGUGGUGGAACACGAUGGCCUUCCCCACCCGGCGCAUCUGGAAUCGUUUCACCGUUCGCGUCGGGUUUCGACAUAGCGGACUCUUGAGGUUACAAAACGACGUGAGUUCUUGCGAGUACGAAGACAUACACAUAAUGUGGAAUCUGUUACACAAGAAUGAAGAUCUUACACGUACCGCACCAAUCCAACAACAACAACAAAGGAAGAAACCUUGCUGGAAUCUUCUUGGUUCAUAUCUUUGCCAAAGAUUCUGAUCCAAAUAACCAAACCAUUGUUGUAUUUGAGAGAGCCUUGACGGGUCCCUUGCAGUGUGGUGUGGUUUUAUUGGCAAAUUUCGCAAAUAAUGAAUCCGAGGUUGCAUAGUUUUAUUUAGCUGUUAUAUAUUCCAUGGCAUACCUCUAUGUACUUAUGAUUAUCAUCACAUGAGUGUUGUAUAUAGAAUACAAAAUGCUUCACAUAGUUUGAUAAUACUUGUGUUCAUCUA